AUGUUCCGAGGUUGUCAUGUUCCCGACCACGAGCUUCACGUCACACGCGACGAAUUUGUGUCGGUCAUGACGCCGAGAUUGGCCAGGACGGACUUGCUGGAAAACGUGAGGAGGCUCUUCAAGGCGCUAGACUUGAAAGCCGAAGGAUUUAUCUCGCUACGCAGCUUCCAGCAGGUCAGCGACAAAAAUCAUUUGCUUGUUUCAUGA